AUGGCACCCGCGAACAUCGUCAAAUUUCAUGACGCUGUCAGACUUGAAGAAUUAGAUGACAAAACAUUCAAAGUCAGAUUCGAGCCCCAGUACUGUAUAGGCAACGUCGUCAAUGGAGGAUACAGCGCAUCGUGCAUGGCCAUCGCCGCCUCCAAGUAUUCGGCUAGACGCGGCCAGCCGCAUCUAGUCACCUCACAGUACAUCUUCCCGGACCGCUGCUCUGUCGGCCAGGCCGUCAUUGUCGUCGAGGAUGUCAAAAACGGCAAGAUGUUGUCCAACCUCCAGGUCAGCAUAUGGCAAGGGCCGCUCCUCGAUGCCGCACCCUGGUUCGACCGCGAAAAGGCGCGCCGGCCGCUGCUCGCCUACAUGGUGUUUGCCCACAUGGACGACUUUGACUCGUCCUUGACUCUCCCGACCGCGUACAAGACACCCGCCGAGCUAAGCGGCACGUCUGUGCCCGACCCCGACUUUGAGCGUCUCCGCAGGGACAGCCAUGACGACAACUGGACCCUCAGUGUCCCGCCUGGCGACUGGACAGAAGACGCCGCCAGCUUACCCGCCAAGGCCAUGUACGUGCCUAGAAGAGGCCUCUUCACACCCGGCGUUUUUGACAUGUGGGUGCGUCUGACGACGGGCGAGAAGCUCACCCAGCAGUCGCUGCCCUUUGUUGUCGACUUACUCCCGUACGAACUGGAUCGCUAUCUGUUCGCGCCGGAAGUCAAGGCCAUGGUCGACGAGCUUCAGAAACAGGACAAGGCCGAGGCGUCCAAGUCGGGACAGGCCGGCGAGAAAAAGGGCAAGUCGCAGCCGUACUGGUUCGCUACGUUGGCGCUGAAUCUGGAGACCAAGGACCUUUUGCCGGAAGAGGGCGUCGAGUGGCUCCACGUGCGCCUUCUCGCCAAGCAGCUGUCGGGCGGAAAGUUUGAUCAGGCGAUUGAGAUUCGAGACGAAUCGGGUGACCCCAUUAUGCUUGGACACACUGUCUCUCUCGCGCUGAAAAUGGAGCGCAACACGACAGGGCGGACCAAAGCUGCCCUAUAG